AUGCCUCAGGAAAAAUUGAUCCAUUUUCCCCCACCCGAAUUGCCAUUUAAUUUUGGGGCAAAAUCGGUAUUGCUUGUAAAAACAAAUGGCUUGCUGGUCAAACCAGCGAGGACAUUGAUAUUGAGAAUGGAAGUGCACUUGGGCACUCACCAAGACCCUCAGAUUCCUCUACAUCUCAAUCAACUUCAAACCAUCAACAAGGACGCCAAGGAUCAAGCAGACAUCCAAACAUAUGGCCUCCAAGUAACUAGCCCGCCACACCCAGCAGAACUUCUCAGUCAAAUGCCCAGAAGUCAUCACUUGCUGCAGCAUUUGAAGAAACCACACAUACUAAGCUGGCUCAGCUUGAACGUCAUGUGGACCAACAAUUGGCUUUGGAAAGAGAAAAAUACUGCCUGCAGCGUCAAGAGGAUCUAA